CGCUGCAUCCGGCUGGAAGAUCUUUCAAGAUGUGGGAAGAAAGGAUCAAUGCAUCCUGCACAGUGAAGGCAUCGCGAGAAGAACCAUGCUAACAGGCUUCUAACAAUGGGCUGCAAUAAUACUGCCCUAGACAAUUGCAUGCUUCCCAAUCUCAGCAUUGCUACUGCUCCUCUAGACUCGAGGUUUGCAUUUUCCACCCCACUCAGGAUGUUGUUGGCAAUAAUAAUGAUACUGAUGAUUGCUAUUGCUUUUUUGGGCAAUGCAAUAGUUUGCCUUAUUGUUUAUCAGAAGCCAGCCAUGCGUUCAGCAAUCAAUCUUCUCCUAGCAACACUGGCAUUCUCUGACAUCAUGUUGUCCCUUUUCUGUAUGCCCUUUACCGCAGUAACAAUAAUAACUGGGAGCUGGCUCUUUGGAACUCAGUUUUGCCAGAUAUCAGCCAUGCUGUACUGGUUUUUCGUGUUAGAAGGCGUGGCCAUUCUACUUAUCAUCAGCGUGGAUCGUUUCCUUAUUAUUGUACAGAGGCAGGACAAACUGAACCCACAUCGUGCCAAGAUCAUGAUUGCUGCUUCUUGGGUACUGUCUUUUUGUAUCUCCUUACCGUCGGUGGUUGGGUGGACGUUAGUGGAGGUGCCUACACGUGCUCCACAGUGUGUUCUCGGUUAUACAGAAUUUUCUGCUGACAGAGUUUAUGCAGUCAUGCUCAUAGUAGCAGUCUUCUUCAUUCCAUUCAGUGUAAUGUUGUACUCGUAUUUGUGUAUCCUGAACACUGUUAGAAGAAAUGCUGUCAGAAUUCACACUCAUGCCGACAGCUUGUGUCUCAGCCAAGUAAGCAAAUUGGGACUUAUGGGACUUCAGAGGCCACACCAAAUGAAUGUGGACAUGAGUUUCAAAACCAGGGCCUUCACCACUAUUUUGAUUCUCUUCAUUGGGUUUUCACUCUGCUGGCUUCCUCACUCAGUAUUCAGCUUACUCUCAGUAUUCAGCAGGACAUUUUACUACAGCUCUUCAUUUUACAGCAUCAGCACGUGUAUCUUGUGGCUCACUUACCUGAAGUCUGUCUUCAACCCUGUUAUAUAUUGCUGGAGGAUCAAGAAGUUCCGUGAGGCCUGUCUGGAGUUCAUGCCCAAAACAUUUAAGAUCCUUCCAAAUGUACGAGGAAGGACAAGACGGCGGAUUCGUCCAAGCACAAUUUAUGUGUGUGGGGAACAUCAGUCAGCUGUUUAAGAAACCUCUUCAAGGAAAUUUGUAAAACGAGCACAAACAGUGUGGUUUGCCAUUUUAAAAAGGUUUACAUUUUCAUGUUUUUUUGGUUUUUAAUAACUGAUUAUAAAUCACAGGUCUUAUUAGGUCACGUUCUUGUUUUGUAUUUCAUAACAAUGCACAGUUUUGGGAUGAUAAUGGUAAGGUGUGUAGCAG